AUCAUCAUUUUCAUCACAACUCAAAAAACAACCUUAAAAAAACAUGGCAUCCUUAAACCAAGUUUCAAUCCUAUUGUUGCCUCUCUUCCUCAUUUCCCUAUUCAAAUACUCUCAUGCUGCUGGAAUUGCAGUCUACUGGGGCCAAAAUGGAGGUGAAGGUUCCUUAGAAGAUGCUUGUAACACAAACAACUACCAAUUUGUAAACAUAGCUUUUCUUUCCAUUUUUGGAAAUGGCCAAACCCCAGUACUAAACCUUGCUGGCCAUUGUAAUCCAAGUGCCAAUGAGUGCACAAAGUUUAGUUCCGAAAUUCAAGCAUGCCAAGCAAAAGGAAUCAAAGUUCUGCUCUCUCUCGGAGGCGGCGCCGGAAGCUACUCUCUUAGCUCAGCUGAUGAUGCAACACAAGUUGCUAACUACCUAUGGAACAAUUUCUUGGGUGACACGUCAACUUCAAGGCCAUUAGGUGAUGCUGUUUUGGACGGAAUUGAUUUCGAUAUUGAAGCUGGUGGUGAACAUUUUGAUGAACUUGCAAAAGCACUUAAUGGAUUUAGUGCACAAAGGAGAGUUUACUUGUCUGCAGCACCACAGUGUCCUUACCCUGAUGCUCAUUUAGAUUCAGCUAUUCAAACUGGUUUAUUUGAUUAUGUUUGGGUUCAGUUUUAUAAUAAUCCUCAGUGUCAAUACUCAAAUGGAAAUACUAACAAUCUUCUUAAUGCUUGGAAUCAAUGGACUUCAAGUCAAGCUAAACAAGUGUUCUUAGGUGUUCCUGCUAAUGAUGCUGCUGCUCCAAGUGGUGGUUUGAUUCCUUCUGAUGUUUUGAUCUCUCAGGUUCUUCCUGCUAUUAAAAGUUCUGCUAAAUAUGGUGGAGUUAUGAUUUGGGAUAGAUUCAAUGAUGGACAGAGUGGAUAUAGUACUGCUAUUAAGGGCAGCGUUUAAUCAGUUUAAGUUCUGGUUAAAUUUAUAGUCUUUAUUAUGUAUUUGAAAUAAGUAGCAUUUUAGUGGGUUUUGUUCCUACUCAUGAAUAAGUGCUACGUGAUCACUUGUUAUACAUGUAAUAAUAACGGAAUCUUUAAAAUAAUGAAUGAAUUCAUAUAAAUAUACAGAAA